GAUGUGUUGUGAAACGAAUGAUUUUCUGAAUUAUUGGCUUAGUAGGUAUUCGCUGAAAAAGUUAGAAAAUUUCUGUCAAUUUUCUUAAACCGUUGCCUCAGAGAUACAUCUUGGAUGUCAAGAAGUACCUCAAAAGAUCCGUGUAAAUCUUCGGCGUGUCGGAUUCAAACCUGCUUGAAAGAGCAUAAGUUCGACGAGACCAAAUGCUACGAUGUCCUCGAGGACAUGCGCCAAUGUUGCCUGAAAUUUCAUAAGGUGUCGAUUUGCUGUUCCGGGAUCAAAUUGGAACGUAACUAUAGACUAGAGAAGGAAGCAGCCGAACGCGAAAGGCAAGAAAAGCAACAUAGCAAGCAAUGACCCACGACCCUCGACGUCGGGUGAUCGUUCCGAAACGUAACUGGGCUCAACGUAAUCCCCGAUUGUUUGUUGGUAGCGUAACUGGAACGGCACUGCUGAUCUUUUUUUCGAAACCACUGUACGACGCAUUCAUCGCGGACGA